ACUUCUGCUACUUGAAGGAAACGGACAGAGGGGGAGAAAGGAAGAAAUUGCCGGAAGCGUCCGACUUGACCCAAUACAUCAACACCGGCCUCGUCGGAGUAUCCGAGUUUUUCCGCCAUGGCGGGCGAGGAGAGAGAAAUAAGAAUGGGAGAAACCAUGGAAAGUGUGGCAUCUCCUACCAAUUCUCAGCAAACUGUUUCAGACGAUGAUGAGAUAGAUUACUCCACGAAACCGGAAUUUUAUGAUUCUGAUCUUGAUGUCAAGGAUGAAUCAUGGGUAACCAGCAAAAGGAAAGGUCAACGAACAGAUGCUGUGCUCAGCUGUCCUGCUUGUUUCACCACUCUUUGCAUUGACUGUCAAAGGCAUGAAAUCUACCUGACCCAGUACAGGGCGAUGUUUGUAGUUAACUGUGAAAUAACUGAGAAAAAGGUAUUCCCGCAAGGAAGCAAGAAACGGAGAAAGAAUAGGAAGGCGAUAGAGGCUGUACAAGCUGAAGAAGCAGCAAGUUCAGCGAGUGUUGAAGCAGCUAGACAAGUUUGCUGCUCAGUAUGUUCAACAGAGGUUGGAGUUUUUGACAAGGAUGACGUUUAUCAUUUCUACGAUGUCCUUCCAAGCGAGUCUUAAGCGUCCCACCAACUUAUUACCUCGGUUUCUCCUGUGGAAGAUGCGGGCCAUAGGCCUCGUAGCUACUUGUAAGUUGUAAUGUAUGUGCUGAUAUGCUAAUAUGCAUGUUUUAGAUCAUAAUUUGUAUGAGUUAUAUGCUACGAAGUAGGUAACUUGAAUAUGGGCAGUGGCAGUUUUCGAUUUCCUUUGUAUAUAAUUCUUCUUUUUUUCA